CUUCAUAUAAUUUCUACACUGUUAUAAUUUUUCGGACUAUAGCAGUGCAAAGAAGCCGCAGGAGAAAGGAUGGGGAAUAAACCAUCACUAGAAGGCACCUCAGCACAGGUGGCCGAGGUUUCUAAAGAAGACACCAAGAAGCCAACUACUGAAUCAGCUCCUGAUGUAUCUAAGACUUAUGAAGAGCUUGUAGGGUCAAAUUCUCGGACUAUAGCUGAGGUUUCAAAGGCUAAAGAAAAGCCCUCAAAGCCAGUGGAAGAAUGGAAGGAACCUGCAACAAUUCCGAAGAAGAUUCCACACAUGUAUCAAGCUAUCAUCAAGCAGGCAGAUGACCCAUCUGAUGGUGGUCUUCUUGAUAAAAUCCAAUCAUCAGGGAUAUUUUUGAACAAUAAAAAGCAGAAAUAUUGGGUAGAGAAAAAAUCUGGAUGCAACUGUUUCAUGCUGUUUGCAAGAGGCCUAUUGAUAACUUGGAGUGAGAACCAGAACUUUUGGCAAUGGGUCUCUCUGAAAGAAACCGGUGAUGAGGAGAUCGAAAUUGCAAGCCUCUUAAAUGUAUGUUGGCUAGAAGUUCAUGGAAGAUUUGAGACAUCAUACCUCACACCAGGAAUCAUGUAUGAAGUUGUGUUCAUGGUCAUGAUGGAGCCAGGAUAUGGAUGGGCUAAGCCAGUUAACCUCAGGCUCAGGCUCCCAAAUGGAUAUGUGAAACAAAGUGAACUAUGCUUAAUAGAAAUUCCUAAAAGGCAGUGGACUGAGCUCAAAGUUGGAGAGUUCAUGGCAGAAAGCAAUCUGGCAGGUGAAAUGGAGUUUUCCUUGUAUGAGUAUGAAGGGGGUCACUGGAAAAGAGGGCUUACUAUUAAAGGAGCCGUUAUUCGACCAAAGAAGUGAUUUAAUUACAUCUGGCAAUAAAAACUCAUGGAUAUGUAAUAUUAGUAGCGUAAUGCUGGACUGGAGUUUGGUACUUGCAAGCUACUUUAUACCUGAAUAAAAUAUCUUUCUCCACUUUAAGUUUGCAA